AUGCGUUGUCUUUGGGGCUUCCGCAAGAUUGAUGGUGAUCGAUGGGAGUUUGCCAAUGAAGACUUCUUGCGUGGUAAGAGAUUAUUGCUGAAAAACAUAAAUAGGCGGAGGCUACCUCGCACCAAGCCUAAAGAUCCUUAUCUGUGUUCUUCAAUGGAGAUGGAGCUAUUGGGAGCAGACGAUGAACUUCAGAAAAUGAGAAGCGAGAAUAAUCUGCUAAUGCAAGAGGUUGUGAAAAUGAAACAGGAACACCUUGUGACCGUCAAGCAGAUGGAUAAAAUGGAUUGUAGGUUGCAAUCAGCAGAAUUAAGGCAAAAACAAAUGUUGUCUUUCUCGAUAAAGGUACUUCGAAAUCCAGUUUUUUUAUUGCAGCUCAAACAGAAAAGCAAUCUGAAGGAAAUCGCUUCAUCAAAAAGAUCCGUUGAGCAGGGCCAGGUUAGUUAUGUCAACAAUUCAACAACGCAGCAAAUUGUUAAAUAUGGUCAAAACCUUUGCGAUCCGGGCUCAACUUUUGCGUUCCAAGGCUUGGAAUCUAGUUCAGAAAUACAACUAGCUGAUCAACUUUUACAAGACAUGUCUGGCAAACUUGAUCUUGAUGUCAACGUACUGGAUGAAAGCUCCAAUAAGCCACUUGAAACACUAGAACCAUCGUUUAACCCAAAUGCUUCUUCCAAGGGGAAAAAUAUAAUGAUUUCAAAAGAAGAUUCUAGUCUUGGUUCAGCUGACUUACAUAUAUCUUCACCACAAGAAUUUUCUUCAAAGUUAAUGGUCAUGGAACCCACUUCUCCUUUAAAUGAGAGUAUUAUUGAGCAAGACUUGCAAAUUAACACAUUCAAUGGUAAGAAUGCCGGAGAAAUUCAAGGUGGUAUGUGGGAUAAUCUUGUCUGUACUAAUCCUGUAGUUCCAGGAGAUGAAAUUGGACUUUCUGAGAUGUGGGAUUUUGGUUUAGACUUGGAUGAAGAUUUUGAUUUUGACAAAUGCUUUGGUAGUCAGUUUCCUCUCCUGCUGCAUGUGGAUGAAGAUGGAUCGAGAGACGAUCAUCCAAAAAAAUCAGAACCAUAGUUCUUUACUUAUUUUGGAUAAUCUGCUUUGGUAGCUAUAUCUACAUUCAUCUAAUAAUAUUUUUUU